GGGUAGGAUGGCUGCAGGUCGGUUCCUUCUGCGUCGACUCCGAGCGUCUUUCCAUUCCCUGCUUAUGAACACGCUCGUGGACGCGCCAAGCGCCAGGAGCAUGCACGACGGGGGCGGCCCCCGAAGGCUCUGCAUUGAAGGCAACAUCGCUGUGGGCAAAUCCACCUUUGUGAAGUUACUCAUGAAAACUCACCCAGAGUGGCAGGUGGCUCCAGAACCCAUAGCAACAUGGCAGAAUAUCCAGGCUGCUGGCACCCAAAAAGAUGGCACUUCUAAACAUCUUGGUAACUUGCUAGAAAUGAUGUACCAGGAGCCAGCACGAUGGUCCUACACAUUCCAGACCCUUUCCUUCAUGAGCCGCCUGAAAGUGCAGCUGGAGCCCAUCCCAGGGAGACUCCUGCAGGCAGAGAAGUCUGUGCGAGUCUUUGAGAGGUCUGUGUACAGUGACAGGUAUAUCUUUGCAAAGAAUCUGUUUGAGAAUGGCUCCCUGAGUGAUGUCGAGUGGCACAUCUAUCAGGACUGGCACGCCUUUCUCCUGCAGGAGUUUGCAGACCGGCUUUUGUUACAUGGCUUCAUCUAUCUCCAGGCUUCUCCCCAGGUUUGUAUGGAGAGGCUGUACCAGAGGGGCAGAGAAGAAGAGAAAGGCAUUGAACUGGCCUAUCUUAAACAGCUGCAUGGUCAGCACGAAGACUGGUUUAUUAACAAGACUACCAAGCUCCACUUUGAAGCUCUGCAGCAUGUGCCAGUGCUGGUGCUGAAUGUCAGCGAAGAUUUCUCUGAAAAUGCCGCCAAGCAAGAGGAGCUCCUGGGACAGGUCAACACCUUUAUAAGGAACCUGUAAUCUAUGAGUAGACAUCUUGACUGUGGUCUGGGCUCGUCCCGUUAUGCACAUCCCCUUGCCCCUUGACCCCUUACGCAUCCCCACACUUGGGUGUGUGCUGUCUUCAUACUGCCAUUGUCUUUUUUUUUUUCUUUUUUUAAUCUCAAGCACUUUGAAAAUAAAGC